GUCUCUUGCUCUAGGAAGGCUGGUUUUCUCGCCGGCGGCAAUUAACUCCUAUCACUCGCACCAUCGGCCCGAUAACAACCCAAUCCAUUUUCCCCACCCUCAAAGUCCUCGCGCAAGGCAGGAGAGGCAGCCACGGCGGCGGCGGAAUUAGGGUUCGCGGCGGAGCAGAUCGUAAUCAUCAUCCACUCGAUUCCAGCUUCGGCCUCAAUUCGUGUCUCGACGAAUUAACCCCAUUCGAUCCAAAAUACUCCACGCAGAAUCACUGCCGGAACACACUGAAAAGAGUUACAUUCCCCAAGGCCAAUUUCGGAAGAACAAGUUUCGGUGCGGCGGCGGCGGCGGCGGCAGGAUCGGGCCACGGCGAGGGUUGGGAUGUUUAUCAAGGCAUGCCUCUAUAUAGUCGUAGUGCCGCCUCUAGCAUGGUCGUUGUGGCGGCUCUGCCGGUGUCUCUGGCGGCGGUGGACUUCCCGUCGGCUUCCCCCAAGCGGUGGU